UAGAGGUCCGACACUUUUUCACAUCGCUCCAUUGACUUUAACGCAGGCGUCUCAUAUUUUCGGUCUCGGCAGGUAGUUUGAUCAAAAAUAUGGUUAAACGUUGUGCCUGGGGCAUUUGUAAUACAGAUACGCGUUUCCCAGAAAGGUUGGAGGGGGGUGUCCGUUUUUUCCCCUUCCCAAAACCGAAGUCAAAUCCUGACAAGUGUCGUCUUUGGAUUAAACUGUGUGGACGUCCUCACAGUCAGCUAAACCCCUCGAGGAUCAACAAGCACACUUUUGUGUGCUCUAAGCAUUUUGUUAAUGGAGAACCAAGUCCCGAAUCCCCAAAUCCAGUCCCUGCUAUUCCUGGUGGAGGAAGUGCAGUCAAAAGUCGAAGACUGCCAACUAAGAGAGGCAUCUCCACAGUAUCAGGCUCAUCAGUGCAGGACACCACAUCAGAGGAGUUGUCCAUGGUCAUUGAAACAGAAAACCAGAUUCACACAGCAGACCAGAUUCCCACAGACCACAUUCCCACAGAGGAUCCACACCAGGAUCGCACAGAGGACCAAGAAGAAAUAAAUCAAUUAAAGAGGCAACUUGCCGAUAAAGAAAAAGAAAAUGCCUUGCUGAGGGAAGAGAUUCAAACUCACUCAUCUCACUCACUCACCCACACCACACCCACUCAAGCUCAUUACCAACUCACACCAGAGACUAUAUCUAACUGCAAUGUGCCUGAGUACUUUAAGUACAGCACAGGUUUUAGUUAUGAUGAGUUCAACAAGCUGUGUGCUUUUUUUAGGAUACCCAGUACUGCAACGGAUACACAAACACUUAGCCCUGUGACAUACCACAGAGUAGAUCAGCAAAUCAACCUCAUGCCUUUAAGACAACAGUUCCUACUUGUGCUUAUGAAGCUGAGGCAAAACUUUGAUCUGAAAGAGCUGGCCUUCAAAUUUCAAAUUCCAGAACGAACUGUUAGCACUUUAUUCAAUUCAUGGAUUGAUUUCAUGUAUGGUAGGCUAGGCAACAUGUCUAUUUGGCCACACAGGGACACAAUAACAGAAAACAUGCCUGACAACUACAGAGCAGAGUUCCCAACAACAUUUGCUAUUCUUGAUGGUACAGAGAUUAAGACAGAAAAACCAACAUCACUGUUACUUCAAAGUCAGACUUACUCAAACUACAAAUCUGCCAACACACUUAAAUGUCUUAUUGCCUGUGAUCCUCGUGGUGCCAUUAUCUUUGUAUCCACACUUUACACGGGAUCAAUCUCAGACCAAGAGCUAUUUAGACAAUGUGGGAUCAAAGAUUUACUGAAAGGUCUGCUUCAGUGUGGCUAUCUUAAGGCAGGUGAUGGGCUCAUGGUGGAUAAGGGUUUUCUUAUUGAGAAGGAUGUAAAGGAGCUUGGGCUUAAUUUGAACAUUCCCCCCUUUGCCAAAUCAAAUAGUCAGAUGCCAGCUACAGACGUUGAGAUGACAAAGAAAAUAGCCAAACACCGAGUACAUGUAGAAAGAGCCAUAGCCAAAGUGAAGAAAUUUAAAAUGGUUUCUGGACGGAUCCCUAAUGUCAGGCUUGGAAACAUAAAUCAGAUAUGGUUCGUGGUCUGUAUGCUGUCCAAUUUCCAGCCGAACAUUAUAAAAGCAUAGGAUACAGCACAAUGAUCUGUCUACACACAGCUAAGCUCCUAAAUUUGAAUGUUUGUUUUUUUAACAUGGUUCAUAAAUCAAUUAUUGUGUUGUUAUUGUAAAUUAAAUCAAAUGUAUGUUGGCUAUGUGACUGUAAUAAAAUGUCUUCCUGCAAAUGAUAAAUUAGUCAUUAUCUGUAACAGUUUUACAUAAUCU